UAACUGUGAAUAAUCAAUAUGAGUGGAACUAUCAAGGAUUCUAGAGCCAUUGUGACUGGAGGAGUCCAAGGAAUUGGUUUUCAAUUAUGUCGUCAUUUGUUGAUAAAAGGAGCUAAAAUGGUGGCAAUCUUUGACAUCGAUCAAUCAGCUGGUCAGGAAGCUACAAACAAAUUGAAUCAGGAGUUUGGACAAGGAAGAUCAAUAUUUUUUGCAACAGACGUAGCAAACUCUAAUGAACUUGAAAAUAGCUUCAAGAAAGCUGUCCAAAAACUUGGAGGAUUGGAAAUUGUAAUUAACAAUGCUGGGAUACUAGAUUCAGCAGUAUGGAGUUUGAUGAUUGACAUCAACGUGAAAGGAGUAGUUCAAGGAACUUUACUUGGAAUCGAUUACAUGGGUAAACAUAAAGGUGGUAAAGGAGGAACUAUCAUUAACACAGGCUCCAUUGCACCAUUCAUGAAAGAAAGUUUUUCUCCAAUCUAUGCUUCAACGAAAGCUGCUGUUGUCACAUUUAGUCGUUUUAUGGGUAAUUAUUACGAGAAAACUGGAGUUGCAGUAAAGUCAAUAUGUCCAGGAUUGGUAAUCACAAAUUUAGCUAUGAACAUGCCUUCCAAAUGUUUGGAGUAUGUUGACAAAGAACAAGCACAAGCCCUAAUAGAUGCACCUGGUUUGGAGCCAAAAGAUAUUGCACCAGCAGUGAUGCAGCUGAUAGAAGACCCAUCGAAUAAUGCAGCUUGGGUGAAAAUGACUGAAUAUCCUACAUCAACAGUGAAAUUCGCAGAAAUACCAGACAGUUUGAUUCCACUUGACCUUUAAGGUUAUAGUUCUAUUCAUAAUUUGUAAUAAACAUUGAAAAAUAAGUGUUAUUAGAAUGAUUUGUCGGUUUAAUUGUAAUAAUUGUUAAUUAAUCAUUUAAUUAAUUAAUUAAGAGACUUAUGAAUUAAUUAGUUUAAAUAUUUAAAAAUUAAAUUAUGUUGAAAAUAUCUGUUAUUAUGAUGUAUGGAGCAGUACAAUGAAUUUGAAAUAAACCGGUUUUCUAUAGCGACAUGUGCCUCUCCACUUCGAUGGAGUUUAUUCGAAGUAAAUAUAGGUGUCGCAUUCUUUCUGAUAGUGAAACGUAUUGAAAAAGUUAAUAAAGGGCAAAAAUUG